AUGGACUCUCGUACCAUGGAGCACCGCCUAAAGGUAUUGCACGAGCAGCGCGACGUGCUAGAACGGCUGGAUGAGGUGCAGGACGCUCUGGCACUGCUGCGGCAACGUCAGGAGCACCAGGCGACGCAAUGGCAAGCUGUUUCCGCAGAGCAGCGACAGCACUGCAGCGACUUGGCAUCCAUGUACCAACAGUUGCAGGAGCUCGUUGCUGGUGGCUGGGUUGGGGGCGGCGACGACAAUGUGCGCAUGCCGCGAUGCUCUGCUGCCCUCGCGUCGGCGGCGGAGGGGACGGCCACAGCACCGAUAACGGCAAUGCACGACGCUCUCAGCACUGAGCUGCGUGACGUGCUACUGAACUUUAGACAAUACAUUGAGCGCCACAUGGAGACGACAAAGCAAAGGCUCGAUGAUAUGCAGAAGAGUAUCGACCGUAUUGAGGGCACUGUGGAGGGCAAUAGACAUCGCUUUACACAGCAGGAGGAGCGAAUCGCGCAGCUCGAGCAGCAACAGAGGCAGCUGCAGCAGCGCUUGUCCUCCACCCCAUUGCUUGAGGAUGUACAGCAGCUACAGCGCACGCUGGGGGAGCAGCUGCGGUCGAUGCAGGAGGGGUUGACUGCGGCCAUGCAGCGCCAGAGUGACGGCAUUAACGAGCGGCUAGCGAGCCACGAGGCGCAGUGUUGCGGGGAGCAGAAUGCGCUUCGCCGCGAGACGCUUCAAUCCAUAGAUAAGACCGUGGAGGAACUGCGGAAGGAGCUGGAUGUCGUGCGACGCGAGGUGGAGGCGCAGACGGCACACACUAGUGCGAGCUUGCGUGUCUCCGAGGAACAGAUCAGGUGUCAUGUAGAGGAGACCCUGAAGAGUCACGUGACGCAGACCUGUGAGCAGAUCCACGGGGUGCACAGUGAGCUUAGCGGCAAGCAUCUGGAGCUUGUGGAGGAUACAAUGGAAGCGGUUGAGAAGAUUGCCCAGGUGGCGGACGGCCUGCCUGGAAAGGUGGCGUUACUGCAGGAGGAUGUCGCCUCCGUACGCGAGACUCUCCGGCGACACGGCGAGGUGCUGAAUGAGCAGUGUCUGCAGGGUUCGCUGCAGGGGGCGUUUGAUGAAGUGAAGGAUUGGCUGCUGGACCUCGAGCGACGCGUGCCUACUCGUGGGGAGCUUGACGAGGUGAUGGCUGGAGUCGACGAUAGACUAUCUGCGUUGAGGCGGGAGUUCAUCAUCCGUGGACCUGUUGAACACCCUCCGCUGGGAACUGUGGAAGACACGGAGGGAAAUGAUGAUGCUGCACCGAAGUAG